CAAAGGACUUCCUCCUGGGAGGAAGGGAGGCGAAAAGCUGCACCGAAGUCUGGCAAGCAACGGCGGAUAAAAUCCUGCAGAAACAAUAAAAUGUAUGUAAACUUGACGAGUUAAACCCGCUGGUUGAGCAGUCGACGGCGUUUUGAGGAGAAACUCACAUAAACUCGAUGUGAAGCUGAGUUAUUAUUAUCAGACAGUCCUCAGCCGUUACACCCUGUCAGGCUUCCCACCUGUGAGGCAGCUGAUGUCAAUUGAUGUCAGGAGCCUGGGAUUUUAAUCUCACUCACACACACAUGCAGGCUCAGAUGACAGCUGUUCAAACCUGAACAUAUUAAACGUCAGAAAUCUUAAAGCUAAAAGUCACGGCUGUCAAGUUUUCUGGCAGGUUUACUUUUCAGGGUUUUGCUGUUUACUGCACCCUUUUGAAUUAGCAGCACAGCAACACACAGGCUGUCCCCAUUACUGAAGCUCUUUAUUCUCAAAUCCACCGUCUUAUAGCCUCCUCUCCAUGGGGGUUUGAGGUCUGUUUGAGUUUGAGCUCAUAACACUGUGCAGACGCUCAAUUCUACACUUCACCAACUUAUACAGUUACUCUAUAUCUUCAUUAUUUAUUCAUGUAUUCACAGCAGGACACAAGUCAUCAGCUUUCCAUACUAAUGCAAGCAUCUGUUGCUACAAGCUGCUGCACCUGCCUGUAACCUUCACAAUCAGUGCUUCCACGCCUAUUUUUUAGAAUAUUUUAUCUUGCUUCAAUUUAGCUUUAUGAAAUCAGUCAGCACUCUUUGGUUAAACCCAAAUGCAUUCACUUUAAGUGCUGUGCACUAGCAAAUAUUUGCAUCACACAAUGGAAUACAACCUUCUGUAGCUCAGGGCCUGUCACAGAUAGGGUUGUGGCCUCUGGGUUGAGCAGGUGAGGGCUUAGCGGUGGCAGACAAUCAAACCCUUCAGUCAUGCUGUCCGGGGUGCAGCCAUGCUUCCAGUUGCUUCGGAUCGGUUCGUCAGCUGGAGUCUCGGCGCGGGACCUGUACACGUUCAGGCCGACGCUGAGCCACUCUGUGUUCCGUCUGGGCCGGGCGGCGGAGCUGUGUGACGUCACGCUGGACUCUACGUCGGUGUCCCGAAUCCACGCUGAGCUGCAUGCAGAGAAGGAGGGGAGCGGAGGUGACGCAGCUGCACAGGAGGAGGGCUGGAGGGUCCACAUCAAAGACAGGAGCAGUCAUGGCACCUGGGUCAAUGAGGUCCGACUCCAGCCGGGCAUCCUGUGGGAGCUCUCAGACAGCGACACGCUGGUCUUCGGUGGCCAGUCGGCUCCAGGGAGCCCAGAGUUCUACUUCCUCUUCCAGAAGGUCAAAGUUCGUCCGCUAGAAUUUGAUGCCAUCACAAUUCCAAAGGCGGGCACCUUCUCCUCCGACUUACAGAACCGGAUCAGAACCAAUCUGGACCGAAAGGUGGCCACCAACCUGGACCUGUCCAAGCUGUCCAUCAACCGGGCCACAGUCAUCCUCAACUCCAUCGGCAGUCUGAGUAAGAUGAAGGGCAGCGCCUGGACCUUUAAGAGGAGCCACAGCCACGAGGGAACCGUCUCGGACCCCGGCUCCUCCUCCUCUCCACCUCUGGCCGUGGGCUUCGCCUCUCUGCUCCCUCCCUCCACACCUCCUUCGUUCUCCUCUUCAGCUUCAGUCCCUUCGACAAAGUCCCUCCAGCAGACCUCCAGGAACAGGAGGAAGUCGGCUCACACUGUGCUCCUCGAGGACGACAGCUCAGAUGAGCCCAGAAGUCGAGGAGCUAUAGCAGGAGUCAUGGAGGACGGACAGAGAGCGAGGGGGAAGAAGAGGAGGCGGCUCUACAAGUCUGAGUCAGAUGGUUUCAACUCUCCUCCUCUGCAGCUUCAGCCCAAGAGCCACAACGACGUCCCGAGGCCGCUGGAGGCCAAGCCCUUCCCCGUUGGCAUCAGGACCAUUGGCAGUUUCCACGGCGCCAUGACGAACAGCAGACUCAACCACCAGCUCAUCCAGACAUCGUUCACCAACCCUGCUAUUCACAAGCAAGAGGUGCAGACGAUGCACCGGGUCCAGACGGUGAUGCGCGGCAACAUCGCAGCUUUCCGCCAACAGAAACCUGCCCACAGUUCUCCUACAGCGCAGAGAGGCAGGCGGAGGGCUCACAGCUCUCCGGUUUUCUCCCCUUUGGUGGUGGGAGGGGAGAACUAUAGCCACGCCUCACCUUCAGUGAGGAUCCGUACAGAGGAGCGAGGCAGAGUGCAGUUAAAUAGAUUUCACCAUCCAGCAAGCAAGCGACGUGGCCGCCCCAGAAAACACCCUCUCCCUCCCCGGCCUUCUCUGCCCUCUCCAUCCUCCUCGUCCUCCUCUUCCACCUCCUCUGCGUCCUCAUCCUCCGGCUCCUCCUCUUCCUCCUCUGAGGAUGAUGACGAUGAGGAAGACGAGGAGGUGGCGACCGGGGUGGUGGAGCCCUGCGCGGCGCCGCAGUGUCGGCUGCCCCAGCAGGACACGGUGCAGUGGAUCCAGUGCGACGUGUGCGACGCCUGGUACCACAUAGACUGUCUGCACAUCGACCGCAAGAAGCACGUCGACCCCAACGCUGACUUCCACUGCGGAUGUCGCUGAUAUAACAGCAACCUAGUUUGUGACAGUAAAAUAAAAUGCUCCAGUUUAGACGUUCAAGUUACCUCACUUUUCUCCCUUAAAUGUUUGUCCUUCAGGCGCACUUGUGGAAAUCAACAGAUUUCAUUAAAGACAGGCUACUACUUUUUCUUCUAAUGUCCACUGAGCUGUUCUAUCUAAGCGUGCAGUGCUUUUCUCUCACCUCAACAGCAACGGGUGACAGCAAGAAAAAUAGUUGCCUUCAGUUUUUACAUCCAGAUCUUCCCAAGUUUGAGGAUUUGUGACCCAACAUUCACACAGCUUCAUCACAAACGUAUUACCCACUCAGUUUCAGGGCUCGGGCUUUGGAGAUAGAGGCAGAACUGUAAUGAAAUGUCUCAGGUCGGAUUUCAUCAUGGCUUUUGAAUGCCUCGAGAGAUGCGAUCAGUGCGGGAAAACAUGAUCUAGUGUUUCUGAGUACGCUCCCACCGAGGCUGUUGUUGACCAGCGGGCAGGCAGCAGCAAGAUUAAUGAAAUGUUGCAGAUCAGGCUGCCACAGCAGGAGUCUACAAAGGGCGAUUGAGCUUUCUUGAUGUGUCAGUGCAGCCACAUUGACUGUUUUAGUGAUCAGGCCAGCUUUUUAGGGCAGAAUAGUGCCUUCAGUGAUCCCCAACCCCUUCCCCCAAGUGAUAAUAAAAAUGUUUUGGUACAGCUUUCCUGGGUGGCAGCUGCUGUCUAGGAGUGGGCGUGUGAUGUUUCAAGACAAUUAAACUCCAGGAAAUGUCAACAGACUUCUAUUGUUGCUGCUGAUGAGAGGUGCUCUGGGGAUGAUAAUCAAAUGUUUGAAGGCACUUCUUGCAGAAGCAGCUGCUGGAUUUGGAGGGUGGAUGUGUGUACUGUGGGACUGUGUUGUUAAAAGAUGUCUGAGUGCAGCCUGGGAGUGUGGCUGCUACUGGUUUGGGGAGAUUCAUUACCAGUGAAAUGUCAUGAAAUGUUCUCUGCUGAUUUCGCAGGAUAAACAGAAAUGAUAUCAUCGUCUCUGCUUGGUGGGUUGAGACUUGAUGUCACAGAUGAUUUUACAGUCUUCUCUUCAGAUCAGUCUCCACCUUAAGAGUCUCAUCACACUACUGAACUCUUGGGCCAGAGUGGUGUCCUGGGUGAAACGGCUGAACUUGACUGAACUGUUCUCCACUACUGAACAGUAGAUGUUCACGUAUGUUUGCUCAAGAGCUGCUUGAGUAAGAUCAAAUCAAAAUGUGGAGCUCCAAAUUCUCUUAAGCACCUUUCCAUUAUUUAAUUCUGAAUUAUAAGUCUGGUUGGCUCACCUGGACAAAAACUCUCUCUUUGUAAUUAGAGGAGUAAACAUUUUACCUUCUGGCACACUUGUUCAAUCUCUGUAAUAGUUCUUAUCCAAAGCUCUUUAGAGAAUAUAGUCUGGGGAGUUUACUUAUUUUUUUUACUUUGGUCAUACCACUAUGGCAGACCUGCAGUUUUUUGAGUGAGAGGAAAAUGGGAGGAAAUGUAGAAAGUCUUGAGCAAUACAUUAGAAAAAAAAAAAAAACUUUAAAAAACUAUUUCUUGAACUUGUUAAUGGCAUGUUAUGACUAAUGAUUGCUUUCUGCAAUGUCAAAUCAGAUUUUCUCCAUCUUUGGCUUUACUGAAGCUUAGAGACUGAUUACACAGUGACUCUUGUGCUACUUCACUGCCUUCUCUCGGCAGGAUGGUUAGCUGCGCUAACUAAAUCAUUGCUCAAGUAGCUGUUGAGAAGAAAACAUCUGAUAACUGGGUUGGGUUCAGUUCAUUUCCAAUCCAAAACAGUGUUUGUGAGAUCCAUAAACCCGUGUUUAAUGUAGUUAAUAAAUGUAGUGUUGCUAGACAUACAGCUCUUAGUUUCACUUGAAAUAAUUUAAUUGACACUUUGAGGUUUUGACAGAAUAUCACCAUGAUAACAACCUACACUUUUUAAAUUGUAUUUAAGGUUACGUCACCUCACUGCAGUAAUACAAGAUCAAUUAUAUAGGAAUUAAUCUAAUAGCCUAAUACAAUAAUACAGAUUGUAAGGACCUGUUUGGACCUGUUGACCAGUUGUUACUGAAAUGUAAAAAAAAAAAAACGUUUUUGAGUUUUCUGUGUUGAUCUUAAGUCUGUUGUAUUCUGGUUUUGUAUGUCUUAAUUGUCUAAAUUUAUUUUCUUUGCAGUUUCAUCUGCCUGUAAAGACGCACAUGUUGCAUAUUGUUUUUGUCUCAAAUGUUGAGCUCUAAAGAUAUUUAAAUGUCUGUCUGUUAUCCAAGCUUGACUCAAAGAGAAGCGCCAUCUUCACCGCAUCACUUAUUUUGGUUGCAGCGUCAUGCUGUGUGCACCUUUUUUCUCCCCUCUUUAAAUUUGCGUGCCAAACAGUUGUAAAGGUCUUUUAAAACGAUGUUUUCCCAAACUACAGUUACAGUUAAAUGAUCUGCAAUGUGCAGCCGGUGAGAUACUUUAUAAUUGGCAAGAAGGUAAAUUUGGCAGUGUGAUAGAAACUGUAACAACCAGAAACAUUGAGAAAAGGCAAUUUUCAGUGCAAAUUACUACUGAAGCCUCAGCUCAUUUAAUGUGUCACACGGCUGUUUGUAUCCUAAAGUUAAAGAUACUGUCAACAUUUUGAGGCAAUGCAGAUGGACAGUUUUAAGAACAUCCUGAGGUUGACAGUGGAGCUGCAAUAGUUGAUUAAUAGAUUAACCAUUUGUAAAAAAAAUGUAAUCGAUUAAUUAUUUGUUAUUUAUUGAGCAAAAAGGCCAAAAAUAAGAUGAAGAAUCUGCUGCUUUUCUGUUAUGAAUAAUUUUAAAUUUAUUCUCUUUGGGUGUUUUGUUGAACAAAACAAGCCAUUUCAAGAGAUUAUCUGACUGUCGGGGUAAUUGUAAUUUGUAAUUCACAAUAUUUUGAUAGUAGAAAUAACUAAAAUAAUGGACAUUUAAUCAUAAUUGAAAAUAAUUGUUAGCUGCAAACCUGGAUUUAUAACAGUGAAGCUUCCAAUAGCUGAUAUUUCAUCGUGAUCAAAAUCCACAACACUUCACUUUACGUAACGACAAAUAAAUGAACAGUCAACUUCAUUCAUGUUUGACGAAUAUCAAACUUCCCUGCCGUAUUUAUAAACUGCUGUUAUGAUAACGAAACAAGCAUCGUCAAAGUCAUCAGUUGAACACCAGUUGACUACUGUCUGAUAUUUGAUAAAUCAGCCUUUCAUAUUGAUAACCACAUGACUAACAGUUCUUUGCAGAGCUGCAGUAUUUGCCAUGUGCAUUGCCUCAAAGACAAACAACUUACAUCCUUUAAGGCCAAGAUUGAUCAUUGCACUGUUGUGAUCACGUCACUGUCUCAGUAUUUCAUUUGUGCCAUCUGCAAAAGCAAAACCUAUAGAGCCUUCAAGCAUUGACAAUUUUUACUCAGUUAAUUAUUCUGUGUAAAUAGUGUUAAAAUCCCUAAAUACUGGACUCUUAAGAAGAAAGCACCCUUAGAAAUGAGGUCAGACAUCUUUAUUCAAAGGAAUUGUUUUCUAAAUCAGGGCACAUUUCAUAGAUCAGUUUUUCGCAAAGCUCCAAAGCAGAGGUUCACAGGACUUUGUUUUUUUUUCAUUUUUUUUUUCACACUGCCUUCACUUUAAUUAUCACAUUGAAAUGCAGAAACACAGCACAGUUUGACAUUGUUGGUUUUGCCGGGUUGUACAGAAUUAAACCAAUUGUCAUACUUCUCUGAGAUGCUGUCAGCAUCAAAGUUAUCAGGGAAGAAAUAAAGAAUAUUCAGAAAAUG